UUUCUGUCAGCCUCUUCCCCCUCCCCACUCUGCUCCCGUUCCCUAACCUAGCAGGACACGGAAGGUUUCUCGAAACCCGACGGCGGCGGCGACGGACGGCGGGCGGCGGGCGGCGGGCAGGCGGAAGGAGCUAGCGGUUCUUUGGUGGCGGGGGCUCCGCCACUGGAGGAGUGAACUUGUGGGAAGGGGAGGGAGCUAAAGAUCGGGUUUUUAUUCAUCAAAGAGUGGGAAUUCUCUCGUCCGCGGUGGGAUUCUGGUGUUUUUUGAUGGCGAAUGCUGGUAAAAGAGUCGACAUUCACAAUCUUCUCUCGCUAGGGGAUGAUCUUGUUGGAGUCCUCAAGAACAAGAAGGAUGGUGAUAGCUUGAUGCAAUCGCUAGAGGGAGGAAAGAUGCUCCGCUCCUUGUGUCAGUCGGACUCCCAGGAGAUCCGAAGCUUAUUAGAACACCAUCAAAAAAAGAUAAAUGCAUGUCAGGAGAAGAUAAAGAAGGCACGAUGUGAGACGAUUGCUGAUGAUGAAUUACAACAACUUCAGAAUGAAUUAGAAGAUAAACUUCAAGAGGAACGCCUGCUUUGUCUGGAACUAAGAACAAUCAGUGAUGAGCUUGGUGAUUUGGAACAUCAGAUGGUUACAAUUGAAGAACGAAAAGAAAUAAUCAAGAAAAAAGAGAAAGACAUAUCAACUGCACGAGAUUUGCUUUCCAUGUGUGCUUCAGUGACAAGUAUCAUCCCAAAUUUAGAAGAUGAGGGCAAGAUUUCUGGCUGUAUCCUUUUUACCAGAAAUAUUGUGGAGAGAAACAAGAAGAAAGUUGAGAAAUUUGAGUUCGAGCCCACAGCAUCUCCAAUAGAGGUAUGCAACAGAUUGUGGAAGAUGGCAUAGUUUAUUCAUCACCCAGUUCCUGAUGGCAUAGUUGAGGCAUCACCAAGUUACUGUUCAUUUUCAGCUGUUAUGUAUGAAUCUUAUGUCAGCUUCCUGCUUUUUUGUGGGGUGACCAUGUUAGCUUCUUGGGUCAUACUAUGAUGAAUGGCAAAGGAUUGUGGACUUACCAUCAGACUGCUGCUACUUAAUAUCAGUAUUUGAAAAUUUCAGUUGUUUCUUGUCACCAAA